UGACAGAUCGCUCGGCUGCGGCGGAAGCGCCGAGUGCGUAGUCUCAGGGUCCUCAUCAUGGUUCCUGGGUUGCCGCUCCCGCCGGAGAUCCAGCUGGCGCAGCGCCUGGCCGGCAAUGAGCAGGUGACGCGGGACCGCGCGUUGCGGAAGCUGCGGAAGUACAUCAUGGCCAGGUCGCAGCGGGCCACAGGGGGUUUCACUCCAGUGGAGCUGUUGAAGAUAUGGAAAGGGCUGUUUUACUGCCUGUGGAUGCAGGACAAGCCGCUCCAGCAGGAAGAACUAGGAAGGACCAUUUCCCAGCUCAUCCAUGCUUUUCAGACCACAGAGGCGCAGCACCUGUUCCUGCGGGCGUUCUGGCAGACCAUGAUCCGAGAGUGGGUGGGCAUCGACCGACUGCGCCUGGACAAGUUCUACCUGCUCAUGAGGCUGGUCCUGCGUGAGUCACUGACGACCGUGAAAACCCACGGAUGGGAAGAAAGACAGAUCGAGCAGCUGAUGGAGUUGCUCACCACUGAGGUACUGAACCCUGACAGCCAGGCCCCCAAUGGGGUGAAGAGCCACUUUCUUGAGAUCUUCCUGGAGGAGCUGACCAAAGUGGGCGCUGCAGAGCUCACCGCAGACCAGAAUCUACAGUUCAUCGACCACUUCUGCCAGAUAGCAGCCCACACAAAGGACUCCCUAGUUCUGCAUAAGAUCACUCGGUGCAUCCUCGAGACGAUUGUGGAACAGGCUCCCUUGGCCAUUGAAGACAUAAUGAAUGAACUGGACACACAGAGUGGGAAGAGUGAAGCAUCAGAUGGUGGUGAGAGCGAAGUGUCAGAUGGUGGUGAGAGCGAAGCGUCAGAUGGUGGUGAGAGCGAAGCAUCAGAUGGUGGUGGGGAGUCCUCAGAGGAUGAGCAAGAUCUGCAAGACACACCACCCAAGAGUCUACAUGCAGGCUCCGUACAGAGGGCUGACCCUGAGGCAGACAAGGAGCAGGUGUUGGAUGACGAGGACAGCACUGGCCCUGUCCUCCAGUUUGACUACGAGGCCAUUGCUAACAGACUGUUCAAGCUUGCCAGUGGAGAGAGCACCCCGUCUCAGAACAGGAAGCGCCUCUACAAAGUGAUCCAAAAGUUGCGGGACCUGGCUGGAGGCACUUUCCCAGAUGAUGAUGUCCCUGAAAAAGCCUACAAGAAACUGCUGGAAGGGAGGCGGGAGCGGAAGAAGAAGAGAAAGAAACGUUUGUCCACGCCACAGCCCCAGAAUGAGAAAGGAGAAAGUGAGACAGAAGCCUCAAGUUCAGACCUGAGCCCAGGGAUGAAGAGGAAGAGGAGCAGGAGGAAUGAGAAGACUGGCCAAAGAGGGCCUCCUGGGAAGAGGAGGAAGCCUGGUGCUAGAGCAAAGGGGGCUGGUGUCCAACAGCCAGCGAGGAAGAAGAAACGGCCCUUGCAGAGCGAGAAGUGAGGUCAUGGCCCAAGCUGGCCAUUCUCCUUGUUGGCACCUGGUUGUUGGGACAGGAUACCUGGGCAUGCUCCUGUAGCCUCUGAGUGCCGAGACUCUGAGCUUCCUGUAGGGAAGGGACAGGAUACCUGGGCAUGCUCCUGUAGCCUCUGAGUGCUGAGACUCUGAGCUUCCUGUAGGGAAGGGACAGGAGCAGUAUGAAGAAGACUUCCUCUAGUACUGGCCUUCAGAAAUGCUCCUGCCUCAGAACCAUUGCCUACAUACCAUAAACUCACUCCUAAGACUCAAAGUUUUCCCUGUACUGUGUGCAGUGAAGGCCACACCUAAUCCUAGCCAGAGGCCAGGGGUCUAGAGUUUGAGUCCAGCCUGGGUCCCAGAGGCCUCCCUCUCCCAAAAUAAGAAAAACGAAACCAAAUAACUCCAUCUGUGUGGGUACUGUCACCUCUGCCCUGUGCUGCCCACAAAUAAACUAUGGGUCCUCAAAGCA